CAGUUCCUUGUUGAGCAUCUUGACUGAGCAGCGCUGAAUUAAACUAUAAACUGUAAGUUGCUUGUGUAGCGCCUUGGCUAAACAGCGCAGAAUUAAUCUAUAAAAAUGCCAGAUAACGGCACCGAGGAGGCUGGCCCCAGUACAGAUGAUAUUUGCCGUGACUUCCUGCGCAACGUCUGCAACCGCGGUAAGCGCUGCAAGUUCCGCCACCCAGACGCUAAUGAGAUGUCCACCCUUGGCCUUUUAUCUUCUGAUCUACCCGUUAAUAAAGGUGAGAUUCCGAUCUGCCACGACUAUCAGAAGGGUGACUGUCAAAGAGGGCCCAAAUGUAAGUUCCUGCACGUAAAGCGCGACGAGUAUGGUUAUGAAAACCAAGGUAUGGCGCACAGCCAGGUGUUUUCUCCCUUGGCACGCAGAUAUGAUCGCUAUGAUGACCUCUACUCUAGAGGUUAUGAUGCUGACCACUACGAUGGCUACGACGCUCACAUGAAGAGGAGAAGGAUGGAGGGCAUGGGGUUUGAAGUAUACGACUACGGCAUGCAAAAUCCUGGCGCAGCUGACUACCGGUUUCUGAAGGAAGAGAAUCUCAUGCUGCAAAAACGUGUUGAGGAUCUCCAAAAACAGGUGUCAAACCUGAUGGCCACCAAUGAGCUCCUCCUGGAGCAGAAUGCAAAUCUCCGCAACCAAGUGAAGAUGGGAAUGAUGACUCCCAUGACCCCCAUGACCUCCAUGACACCUAUGACACCCACACCCACUGCAACAGCUGGGAGAUUCACCACCCAGUGACAUUGGAGUUGAUCACCUGAAAGAGGUGUGACUCAACUCCUUAAAUACUUGUUUGUCACUUCAGUAUACUAAUAAAGAAACCUAUGUAGUUUGUCAGAUCUGAGAACGUUGUGCUGGGACUCUGCUUUACAGUUGCAAAUUUACAAAUUGACCAAUAGACCACAAGCUCAAUCAAUAUAAGGCAGUUUUACCAUACCACUACCGUGAAUUUAUAAAUGGGCAGGGGUUGCUGUGAUGCCCUUUCUAACAUUUCAUUUGGUGGGGGGUGCAGUGGUGGUGAAAUAAGAACAAUAUCGAAGAUUCUGAUAUUUGUUCAUGUUUAUAUCCCGUUUCCCUGCAGUGAACGUUUUAAACUAUUUUGCAUGAUUUGACUUUCUUUUCUUGCCUCCACUUUCACUAAUAAAACAAUGUAAAAAAAAAACUUGGUUAAAUAUUUUCAAUGUGUGAGAGGAAGUCUGGUUAAAAUCCAGUGUUGGGUUUGGACAAUUUUCCAAGUGACACAUAUUUGAAAUUUUACAUCCAUUGACUGCAUUAUGGCCAUACAUGCGCAGGUUUGAGUCUUCUCACAGUUUCAUGCAUUUUGCUUUUAUGAAAACGUGUUGCAAGACUUGAGGUGCUUGCCAGAUUCUUCGGCAAAAAUAGUAACAAGCAGAAGUGAAUAAAGUGGCGAAAUUGGCGACUCAUUGAACCAUCUGUACUGUAAAAUCAUCCAGUGUGUUAUGGUGAGAUGCUUUGGUAUGUGUUGCAAGUUGUAACAGUUUUGGGUGUUAAAGGGCUGUAUAAGUCUUGAAUGAUUUUGCUGUCCUGAUCUAUUUUGUCAGCUAAAUCUAAGGAAUGGGAGCAUACAGCCCUUCAUACACCCAAAUCACCUUUUAAACAUGUAGUUAGCUGCGUCAUGUGUAUUUGUUACUUUGUAUGUGACUGACUUUUGUGAGAACCAAGUCAAUCAUUUGCAAGCCAGUCAACUCUGCCACAAGAAUGAGGUAAUUUUAAUGCUCUGCAUAAUAGGUAUUGUUGGGUUGGUGGUACUUUGGUCAUUGGAAAUCUGUAUUGUAGUGGGUGGUUUUUGCCUUGGUGGGAACCCAGGACUGCAGGAUGGCUCCUCAUGCAGUUUUUCUGUUAGUCGUCUUGUAUUGCUUUCUACUUUAAAACUCAAUUUAAAACAGUUGAAUGAGUGUAGAUAUUAGUUGCCAUGUUUUCACUGAUCUCCAGUGAAGAGAGAGUUUUGCCUGCUGUUAGUUAUUCCCCAGCUACUAUGCAUAAGUUUUUAAAUUUUUUUCUUGUCACUCUGCUAUUCCCAUUGGAGGCCAGGAAUUUUGCUCCCAAGUCUCAGAAAAUCUUGAUCUUUCUCUGGCUCUUGCAGCGAAUAAAGAUGACAACCUUCUUCUGAUUCUCUUCCUCUGUUUGAAGAAACACCUGGUCUUCACUCUGCCGGUCCAACUGGAAAUGGUGGGCACAGACUAGCCCCUACAGCUAUACUGUAUUCCUAAUUUCCCUUUGUCCACGUACUUCCAUCUCCCUCCUAUAAUGCCAUCUUUUAAGCUCGAGGGAUAAAAUACAGCUUUGUGUUGCAAAAUGCAACUCAUUGCACUACCACUAGGUAUUGGUGAUGAUGGGUAUCGAGCUAAUACUGCUACUAUCAGAUACUUCUGGAAUUCCUUUCUUCUAGUCUAGGAAUAUUAAUUAUUUUAGUUAUAACUGGUACACAGGGAUGGAUGAGUCAUAGUUGGGUGUACAGUAAAAUCCUGUUGUAGAUGGGACAUGAUAGCUUAGCUUAUUCAUCACAUUUGCUUAAAAGACUCAAGUCAAUAAUUUCUCUCAGCAGGACUUAAAGCAGAUUUCUGCCAUUAAUGCAUAUGAUACAAAUUUCAUGGAUUUGACUGUAGCCUCUUUCAGUUCCUCAAACCACGGUGCUUGGGUAUCAUUUGCUGUUGUAGUGUUUAUUUUAGAUUCUUGCACUGAAACAUACUGUGAUACUAUUUACAGUCAUAACUGGCAUCAUUGGCCUAGGAUUCUGACAUCCAUUUAUCCCUCAUUCUGGUGUUUCUAUGUACUAUGUGAAUUUAGUUCUUUGCAACUUCAAGCUUGGGGUCAAUAUUUUAGCAGUUAAUAUUUCUUCUCCCACCCCCCAUAUUUACCUAAAUUUUUGGGUGCCACUCAAACUGAAGUUUUAACGCUGUUUAGGGAGGGUGGUCAGGAGCAGUUCUUGGUCAAUGGCUACUCAUCAGUUAUUGUUAACCCUUUCCAGUCAAAAAAAACAGACAUUCAACAGUGUUUUUGUUUUGCUUGCAACUCCCAGACUAUGCUGUUGGACCAUGAGUUAAUGAUCCAGAAGGAAAUUUUUAAUUGUAUUUCUUGGCAUAUUGUCACAAUGAAAUUCUUUCUACAGUCUACACAGACCCUGUCAUAAUUAUUGACACUUUUUUUAUACAAAGGAAUUGUGGUCUGAGUUAACGUGGCCAUCGUGAGAUUGUGCACCUGGAGAAUGUUGCAGUACUGUGAUAGCGCAUGCACUCUAUCUGCCAUUGAUCUGAACUGCUAUUCUGUUCCUUCAGUUUAAGUUCUGGCUUUCACUACUGAUUGCUAAGUAGUUUUUUUAUAUUUCACCAUUCAAUGUUUAAUUAUUACUAUGCUACCAAAUUACAUUGUUUCCUGCAUUGGAUUUAAUUUGCAGUAAAGUGGUUAUUCAGAUAUUAGUAAACACUUCAAUUGCCAUCUAGGUAUGCCAGUAAAAUGGGAAACCAUCACUGCUAUAGUUGGAUUUUUAUGGGCUGGAAAGGUUUAAUGGUACAGUAUGUGUAUAAUGUGUAUAUAUUGAUUGCAUAAUUCUUUGCUAUGGUUAAUGCUUUUCUAUGCGAUUACAUGUAGACUGUUCUUUCCCAUGGUUAAUCGUUCCACUGAUGCAGACCUCCAGGACAGCAGAACCUAUAGAGUCCUCAACUAAGUGUACUUUGUUUAAUUGUAGAUCUUUUAAAGCAAAAAUGUGUUCACCUUCAUUUCUAUGGAAGUCUGUUGAGUGUAUAACAAUAAAGCAAAUUUUCAUUUGUGAA